GUUCAUUUCUAGAAAAUAUACACCCUUGAAUAGAAUAGCAAAGCAGACAUAAGAACCGAAGAUCAAGACGCAUUCCUUGAGUUUGAUUGGCUCCAGAUCGAUUUUAUAAGCAGCAAUUUCGUCGGAAGAGUGAUUGUUAGUUGGUGCUAUACUUUUAUUCCAGAAGAAAAAUUAAUCGUUGUCUUCUGUUUUCAGAUUCAUCGAGAAAAUGCCUCCAAAGAAAGGAAUAAAGCGAUCAAAGAAGGUGGAAAGCAAGGCAGAGAAUAAGCCAACUGAAUUUUUCAAAGUAUUCAAUCCUGAAACCAGCACUGAUAAAAUUAUGCUUCCAACGGCUUGGACAAAGGAGAUGCAAGGAAAGUUGCCUACAAAAGCACUUUUAAGGGAUCGCUAUGGCAACAUAUGGCAUGUGAAACUUACUAAUGAUCAGGAGAAAACUUAUUUCCACCAAGGGUGGACAACAUUCAUUCAACAAAACUACUUGGAAAAGGGAGACUUUAUCAUUUUUAAGUUUGAUGGAAUUCAUGUCUUCAAUGUCAGAAUAUUGGGAUAUGAUUCAUGUGACAAAAGAGGAGUUGGAAGUCUUAAAUAUAAAUUACAGGAAGAGGACAAAGAAGUAGUAGCAGUACAUGAUAAUGCGGAUGCCAACAGUAAUAAUGUUAAUGGAGAAGGCAAGGAAAGUGAUCAGCCUUUUAAAGCCCACAUUGGCUCAAUAAAUGUCAGAGGUGGGAAUGGAAAAGAUGAAGUAGAUCGUUGUUGGAAGAAGAACAGACUAGUCGAUCCCUUUGGCUAUAAACUUUUCAAAUCUGGAAAAGUUCAUAGACCUGAGAAUCCACAUUUUGUCACGCAAAUAAAUCCAACGAGGAGAUAUGGAUUGUUUGUGCCUCUUGAAAUUAUUAAAGUUUACAAUCUUGAACUGCCGGUGAAGACCUUCUUACGUGACUAUCGAGGGAGGGAAUGGAAGACAGAUCUUACCAUGUGGAAAGAUAAUCGUUCAUGGUACCAUAAUGGAUGGAAGGAACUUUGCCAAGCGAAUCUCAUUGAGCCAGAUGAACCAUGCAUUUGUGAAUUUGUCAAGUCUGAAGAAAGAGGUCUAUUCAUACAAGUGCAUAUCGUUCCAAAGGCUGCAUGGGAAAGUCCAAUGAAAUGA